AUGGUCAGUCCCAGAGGUCUGCCUCCUGCCCAGGCCGACGCUGGCUCCCGGGAGCCACACGUCCCUUCCCCGGAGCGUUACGCUGGAGAUCUGGGAACGUGCAGGUCGUUUCUUAUGCAGUGCUCCUUAGUUUUCGACCAGCAACCCUCUAGACCCGGCCCAUGCUUCGACCGGAGCCCGUUCCCCAGCAACCACGCUGCCGGCCCAGCCCCUAGGUUCCCUGCUCCUCCUGGCUUCAUCGCUCCUCACCUCCACGCAGAGGAACCCAUGCAGAUUGGGAGGACCAGCUUGACUCCGGAGGAACGUCAGUGCCGCCUGGGAGAGGGCAGGUGCAUCUACUGCGGCCAGAGGGGCCACCGUAUUGCCGUCUGUACAGUAAAAGACCAGGCUCAUCAGGUUUCUAUCACCUCUCCAACCGCCUCUCUCAGUCAAGAGGUGUUGGUAGACUCUGGUUCUGACGCUAACCUGAUGGACGGUGAAUUGGCUCGCAAGCUAGGGGGAAGGCUCUAUUCCCUGUCUGCUCCUGAGACACAGGCUAUGAAGGAGUAUGUGACCUCUGCGUUGACUGCAAGCCUGAUCAGACCUUCAUCAUAUCCAGCUGGGUUUUGUUUCGUCAGCAAGAAGGACAAGACCCUUCGCCCCUGUAUCGAUUACAGGGGUCUGAACGACAUCACCAUCAAGAACAGGUACCCUCUCCCUCUUAUUUCGUUGGCAUUUGAUCUAUUACAGGAUGCUAAGGUCUUUACCAAACUGGACUUAAGAAAUGCCUAUCAUCUGGUCAGAAUUAGGGAGGGGGACGAGUGGAAGACUGCUUUCAACACCCCUAGUGGGCAUUAUAAAUCUCUCGUCAUGCCUUUUGGACUAACCAAUGCUCCAGCUGUUUUUCAGGCCAUGGCGAACGAUGUCCUCCGGGACCUGCUCAACAUCUCUGUUUUCGUGUAUUUGGACGAUAUCCUUAUCUUCUCCCCCGACGAGGAGACUCAUCGGGGUCACAUCAGACAAGUCCUCCGCCGCCUUCUGGACCAGCAGCUGUUUGUAAAGGCCGAGAAAUGCGAAUUUCACGUCUCCACUGUAUCAUUCCUGGGGUUUAUUGUGUCUGAGGGAGAGGUGAGGAUGGAACCGGAGAAGGUCGAAGCAGUCACAGGUUGGCCCACUCCUUGCAACCGCAAGGAGAUAACAUUUUUGGGGUUUGCCAAUUUCUAUAGGAGGUAUAUUAGGAACUUCAGUUCUGUCGCUGCCCCCCUGCAUGCACUAACCUCCUCUGCUGUUAGGUUCCAGUGGAACCCUGAUGCUGCCUUCCGGCGGCUCAAGGGAGCGUUCACCACUGCCCCGCUGCUUACUCUCCCGGACUCCCGUCAGCAGUUCGUGGUUGAGGUGGACGCCUCGGAUUUGGGAGUUGGAGCAAUACUUUCCCAAAGGUCCGCGGGGGAUAACAAGCUGCACCCCUGUGCUUUCCUUUCCCGGAGACUUUCCUCUGCGGAGAGGAAUCAUGACAUUGGAGACCGGGAGCUUCUCGCCGUCAAGAUAGCCCUGGAGGAGUGGCGGCACUGGCUGGAGCACCCAUUCCUGGUCUGGACGGAUCAUAAAAAUCUUGAGUAUCUGCGGACAGCCAAAAGACUGAACCCUCGUCAAGCCAGAUGUGGUGUCGGACCGGGGUCCCCAGUUCAUUUCCAAGUUCUGGAAGGAGUUCUGCAGUCUCCUAGGGGCCACGGUCAGUCUGUCUUCUGGUUACCAUCCCCAGUCCAAUGGGCGCCUAUGGCUACCAGCCACCCCUGUUUCCUGCUCUGGAGAAGGAGUCGAGAGUACCCUCUGCUCUGGCCAUGGUCCGCCGUUGCCGCCGUACCUGGGACCGAGCCCGCCAGACCCUACUCAAGAAUUCUGCCCGUUACAAGAAUACGGCAGAUCAACGGCGGUCCCAGGCCCCUGACUAUCGGGUUGGCGAGAAGAGUGAUUAACCCUGUAGCCAUGAGACUCAAAAUCCCUAGACCCAUGAGGGUCCACCCCACUUUUCAUGUGGCCCGGCUAAUGCCAGCAAAGGAGAGCCCUUUGGUUCAGGCCACCAGACCUCCACCACCACCCCAACUCAUUGAUGGCGGUCCGACCUAUGCUGUCAAGCGUCUCUUGGCGGUUCGGCGCCGCGGUCGGCAGUACCUCGUGGAUUGGGAGGGGUAUGGUCCUGAAGAGAGAUCUUGGGAGAGGGCCAGCAACAUUCUGGGACCAGACCUCAUCAGAGACUUCCACCGGAGGUUCCCUGAUGAGCCUGGGCCGUCAGACGCCUCCCUCCUCGUGUGCCGCCCUCCUUUGUGA